GUCUCUGUUAAGCUAUGCUACCUUCGUCUCCUUCGCGGGGAUUUCUCUUUUUAUUUCUUUUUAUUUUUCUCUUUUAGAUUAGAACCUGCUUCAAGUUUGAGACCUCCAUUGGUUUUCUAACUCCUUUGAAGCCCGCCGUUUAACCUUCAGUCUUUUUUCGUUUAACUCUUAAUACUUUUUCCGUUUCAUGCAUUAUUGGCCGCCAUGCAUUUGCCUUGAUAUUAUGGGUUGCAUCAUCAGAAAGCAAUCAAAAUCACUUCCAUCGGAUCGCCCCACCUCAACUCCACGUCGUCUUCGUACUCGUCGUCGCCAGAGAUCUAACGAGCCAUCCACGGUAGUUUCAGUAACUGACGCCGUUGACGGCGUCGUCGAUGUCAAACAGAAAGGGAGGCGGAGGCAACACCAGCAAAAAGAGAAUCACACCGGAGAUUUCCCGGUUAUACUUCCGCCUCCGGAGAGACGGAGAACGCCACAGGACGCGAACCAACAAGAGUGGCCUUCUUGGCUAAUAGACGUCAUUGGGGAAGCCAUCAAUGACUGGACCCCGAGACACGCCAGCACCUUCGAGAAGCUUGACAAGAUUGGACAAGGAACUUAUAGCAAUGUGUACAAAGCCAGGGAUCUAUUAACAGGGAAAAUAGUGGCAUUAAAGAAGGUUAGGUUUGACAAUUUAGACCCACAAAGUGUGAAGUUUAUGGCUAGAGAGAUUCUUGUAUUAAGAAAGCUGAACCAUCCCAAUGUAAUCAAGCUUGAAGGUUUAGUUACUUCAAGAAUGUCUUCUAGUCUUUAUUUGGUUUUCGAUUACAUGGAGCACGAUCUCGCCGGCCUCACUGCCUCGCCAGGGGUUAAGUUCACUGAGCCUCAGGUUAAAUGCUUUAUGAAGCAGUUACUUUCAGGGCUAGAGCAUUGCCACAAACAAGGCGUUUUGCAUCGUGAUAUCAAAUGUUCCAAUCUGCUUAUUAACAAUGAAGGGAUUUUAAAAAUUGCUGAUUUCGGACUCGCUACCUUUUACGAACAGAAGCAGCCCUUGACUAAUCGAGUAAUCACUCUCUGGUACCGUCCACCUGAACUACUUCUCGGUACAACUUAUUAUGGUGUUGGGGUUGACCUCUGGAGUGCAGGCUGUAUUUUGGCAGAGCUCUUUUAUGGUAAGCCAAUAAUGCCAGCAAGAACAGAGGUUGAACAACUGCAUAAGAUAUUCAAGUUGUGUGGAUCCCCUUCUAAGGAAUAUUGGAAGAAAUCCAAAUUACCGAAUGCUACACUCUUUAAGCUACAGCAUCCAUACAAACGCUGUAUAGCGGAAACCUUCAAGGACUUCCCAUCUUCUUCUUUACCUCUAAUUGAAACUCUUCUUUCAAUAGACCCCGAAGAACGAAGUACUGCUAUUGCAGCUCUUAAAAGUGAAUUCUUUACCACUGAACCAUACGCUUGUGAGCCAUCCAGUUUGCCAAAGUUUCCUCCCUGUAAAGACAUGGAUGUAAAAUUGAGAGCUGAAGAAGCGAGAAGGUUAAGAGGUCUAGACAGCAAAGUUAAUGCAGUAGAUGGCACCAGGAGAAUUAGAGUUGGUGAACGUGCUAGUCGGGCAAUUCCAGCCCCCGAAGCAAAUACAGAGAUUCAAGCAAAAUUAGAUAAAAGGAGAGUAAUGACACAAACAAAUGGGAAGAGCAGGAGUGAGAAAUUCCCACCACCUCAUCAAGAUGGAGCUGUUGGGCAUUCACUAGACGCAGAUGCAUCGCUUAAGGGCUCUAUCACAUCUUUUGGUGUGAACAACACUCCCUUCAGCUCAUCGGUUUUGAACACGUCAUCGGGAUUUGCCACCGGCCCUCCCAUACAAAGGAAAACCAACAAAGACCCUCGGCGAGCUACAUCUAGGGAGUUUGUCCACAGUUACAAACCGACCUCAAUAGGUCUAUCCUUGGAUUUAGGGUGUAAACCCGAGGUGUUGGGUUGCCAGAAUUAGAUUACAAGUUUGUAUAAGUCAUAUUGGUUUUGGAACUUCAAAAUAAAGACGGCCAUUUCCUAUUUAUUUGUGAUUUGGUGAUUAAUCUGCCUGUGCAGAUCCUUUUUGUUUAUAAACUCAUAGUUGGGAUACUUUGUCAAAAAAAGAAGGGUGUUUAUUUAGCUCCCGGUUAUGGAAUUUUAAAAGUCAUUUCUUUUUC